CGAGGGAACGGUUGGGUGAGAGAGCGUGUGUUGCUGCGACGGUGCCAAGCAACAAUACAGGCAAGAACGAAGGUGAAUUAGUCGCGCUGUCUGCGAAGUGCUGGUUAGCCCACGUGCAGUUUUGAGUGUCGCAGUCGAUGCGAAGGCAGGUUCGAGGUGGGCAGAUGUCGAGUGGCACAAAGGCUGAGCUUCGAGUGGUGUAUGCGAAAGCAAAACACCACGCCUGCCCCUCUCGAACCAGCCAGCACGCGGUGCUGUUGCGUAAUGGCUCUCUCUGCGCCAGGUGUGCCGAAUCGUCGAAAAGGUUCCGUCGGGUUGGGAGACCAGGGGUGGUGCAAGACUUACCAAACACAGAGGCCGGCAGCGUGGCGGGAAACCAGCUUCUCUGCAACGACCGACACUUUCACAGGUGGCAACGGGGUGGCGGGGAAAAGACGAGACGAGGACGUGAGCAUUGGAAACACCAACCAGCUGAAGUAUCCACCUCGUCUCCGUCAACUGUCAGGUUUGCGCGUGGGCUCACACGCUGUAGCGCACUACUAUCCACUCUCGGGACAAGUCGCCAUCCUAAUUUUGGACAACCAAGCGCUGUCAGGUACCGUUACGGACUAUGGUACACUAUACGUUCCUCGCUAGCACACUGUGUGUCGCUACUCGACGCGCAAUCACCCAUCGGUGAACAACUUCACAACCGUCGCAUCCUCAUCUCCCACAAUGGACCUUGGCGUUUCAUCAGCUCCAGGACAAAGGUGGAUGUGGAGAAGCUUCUCACGGCACGCGCGAACUUGUUGAGCACAGUGACAGCAGACCCAUAUUCGCCUACUCUAUAUACGAUCAGUGCAGGGGCGUAUUACUCGCCCGAAUACGAACCAAGGCACCCACGCCUGCAAGACCAUAUGAUCAAUUGGCCGCCAGCUGCUGCACGCCCCGAGGCACGACAUCGACUUCCCAGCCGGCUCUCUCUCUUCCAGCUUGCAAACUCCGAAAAUGCUUCUUGGCAGCGGAGUUGCGAAGUUCCGCCUUUUUCAAUAUUGGCGUCCAUACAAAUAACCACUCUGGGAUUGGGGUCUACCAAUAAACAGCAGCUUGUGUGCGCCAUCCACCGUCCUAGCAAGACAAACCCACCUAUCCAAGCAACGCCUCAGCCGGGAGUGCUAAGUAUCGAGAAAAGAUGGCGCAAUAUCGCUCCUUUUCCCAGAAAACGCCGUUGUCCCCCC